GAUUUGUUCAGACCACUCAAAAGCUUCACAAUCCUAGCUAGCAGCCCCUUCUUCUUCUUCCAUUUCUGAUAGAAUAGAUAAUAUUCCUGUCCGAUUCGAUUUUAAGCUUCAAUUUUAUAAUCAGUUAGUUUCUUCUCCUAGCUAGCUCCAUGGCAAGGUCGGUUAGUACUACUACAAUCCUCAACGUCUUUAAGGUUUUUGUGUAUUUUCAAGUAGCUCUCUUCAUCACUCUCACUCGUGGUUAUGUCAUUUCUACUUCAAGUUUUCGAUUAACUCUGUUUGUAACGGUGUUGGUCCUCACAUUUCUGUCCCCUGCUCAUGCUGAAAAUGACUUGUCUUUGUUUGAGUUUUCGUAACGAUCUUAACUAGCACUUCAUCUUUUGUCAUUAGUGAAUCUCCAGUAAUUGUGAUUCUUAUCCUGACUGAUUCAUCACUUAUAUCUAACAUCAAACUACGGUUGGAAAGAUUUCUAGUUAGUUAAUCGUUCUUCUUCUUCUUCUUCCACUUCUCUUGUGACCUCCAACAAUAUCAGAAGAUAUGCAGAAUGUUUUUGGUUGAAUAUUGGGUUAGUCUCCAAUGUCCGGUCCGAAUUCCCCCCAGAAGUCAUUCGUGAAAUUGUAAAUCGACUACAUACUUUCAGAGAUUUUAUAGCGGCUGCAGGGGUUUCCCGAACAUGGCGAUCUGUUUGUUUGAGCAUCAGUAGAAGGCCUCAGCUUCCUUGGCUGAUGCUUUCCGAAACACUUUCCACAGACAUGCGACAUUUCUUCAGUCUCUGCGACAAUGAUCGUUAUCAAUUACAAUUAUUUGAAGUCCAAGGAAAACGCUGUUGGGGAUCUCCACAUGGUUGGGUUGUAACCUUGGGUCCUGAUUAUGAAACCCACCUUCUGCACCUUAUUAAAAGAGUACAAAUUGCUCUUCCACCAUCAAACACGAUUCGAACACUGGCUGCUACAGAAGAGUGGUUUCGCCUUGUACACAAAUUCAUUCUUUUAAAGGACCCUUCCCAGGACUCAUCAUUACUUGUCAUUGCAAUUUUUGGCCCUGAGAACUGCUUACCUUUUGCUAGGGUUGCUUUCGAAAGAGGAGGAGAAGGAGCGGCUUUGAAUAGAAGAGGACAAGGUCAGUGGGCUAUUGUUACCAAUCCAGACAAUUUGAAAUUCAAUGAUGUUGCAUGUUUUAAUGAUCAAAUAUAUGCACUUUGUGACAACGGCAAGCUGGUGCGCCUUGAACUUGAUGCUCCUCUGGCAGCUGAGCUACAAGUUAUUGCGCCCCAACCAAGCGAAGAAGAAGUAGGCAUUCCCCAAAAACUAUAUUUGGUGGAGACAUCGGAGAAUCUUUACGGGAUUUUUCGUUACGGAUUUCAUAUUCCUUCCAAGAUGAGGCACGAGACUAUAUAUUUUUUGGUCUACAAGCUCAACUUUGGUGCAUUGGCUUGGGAGGAAGUGACAGACUUGGAAGAUAUUGCUGUUUUUGUUGGUGAAGGCAAUUCCUGGUGCAUUCCUACAAGCACUAUCCUUUGCAGAAGUAAUUGCAUCUACUUCACAGAUGACAAUUGGGAGUGGCAAAGGUACCCAGGAGUGGCAUAUGGAGGCCAUGAUGUGGGAGUGUUUAACAUGGCACAGAGGGUUAUCCAACGCCUUCCAUUCGGUACCAUUGUACUUUGAUUUCUCUAAGACCAUUGGCUUAAUUGAAGUCCCUGACUUCUAUGGUGCCCAAAUACAAUUGGGCAUUCUGGUUUGUAAGCAAAGACGGUCUUAAACUAAAUUCUAGAAUGUUAAUGGUUGUGAUGCUGUGAAUUUAA